AUGGUUCUACAAGCUGGUGCAUCACUAUUCGGGGGGAAAUAUUUGUUCCACAUCAGCACUGACAAUGUUGAAGUGGCGCGGCACAUUUGCAAAACCGCGAGAACGCUGGGACAAGGUUUUGGGCAAGGACUAGGACAAGGGCUGGGAAUUGGACUGGGGUUGGGUCUAGGUCUAGGUGCCCUGUAUGUUGGUUAUAACUCAUUGGAACGAUUAAUCAAAGACUCAGUAACAAGAAGUGUUGGUGGCGAACGCGAUGAUCAGGAAGUUCGUGACAUUCGACCAGGAUGUUUGCAUGUUGAGUUACAUUGUUUCACAGACGAGAGGUUUCUGGAAGUCUUGGCGGAUUACGAAUCAGGAAGGAUGAAGGAACGCUUGCAGGAAGAACUUUCUCUGGUUGGAAUUAAAGUGGAAGGACUGAAGGUGAAGAUUGACAACAUUGAGGAGGUGAAAGUAACAAAGAAAGCGAUUGAAAAUAGAUGCAUUGAUGAAAAGGGUUUUUCGUUCAGAAAGGAAAAUGUUGAAAUAUGUGCUACUGAGAGUGGUCUAUGGGCGGGGGAGUAUGCCGAGCGCCGAAAAUAUCCUGCAAAAACUGCAUACGAUUCGUCCGGUAUUGGAAUCUUGCCACCACAGAUAAAAGACUACAAGUCGGCAUUGGAUCUGAUAGGAACACGACUGUAUGGAAAACCAAGUGAUCAGAAUCUGUCCGGUUUUGAAAGCACGCAUCUUGACGUAAGCGAUUUCGGUCAGGCAUUAGAGUCGACAGAAAAAGACUUUCAAGUGAAACUAAAGCUUAUUGGAGACGAUCCUGCAGCAACAGCUGACAGUUAUCACAACAUUGGAAUCUCGCGACACGAGAUGAAAGAUUACAAGUCAGCGUUGCGGUUACAACGAAAAGCGCUUGAAAUCAGAUUGAAGUUGUAUGGAGAAGAUCAUCCUGACAUGGCUCAAAGUUUUCGAGAAAUUGGCAACACACAAUAUGAGAUGAAAGAUUACAAAUCAGCAUUAGAAUCGCAUCAACGGGCUUAUGAAAUAAAUUUAAACCUGCAUAGAGAGAAUCAUCCCGAGACUGCUGAAAGCUGCGACACCAUUGGAAUUCUACAACAUGAAUUGAAGAAUUACAAAUUAGCCUUAGAGUGGAAGCAAAAAGCUCUCAAUAUUAGAUUAAAACUAUACGGAGAAGAUCAUUCACGCGUAGCUAAGAGUUAUAAUAACAUCGGAAUCACACAACAUGCGCUGAAGGAUUACGAGUCAGCACUUAGUUCACAUCAAAAUGCACUUCAAAUCAGAUUAAAGCUACAUGGGGAAGAUCAUCCUUAUACCGCCCAAAGUUAUCACGACAUCGGAAUCAUACAACAAGAGUUGAAAGAUUUCAAGUCAGCAAUAGAGUCGGAACAAAAGGCACUUCAAAUCAGAUUAAAGCUGUAUGGAAAAGAGCAUCCCGACCCUUUGGAAAUGUAUCGUGAAAUCGGUGUUACGCAACGUUCAAUGAAAAACUUCAAAGCAGCAUUAGAGUCACAUCAAUAUGUCGUACAAACGCAAUUGAAACUGCGUGGUGAAUACCAUAAUGAUACCGCUGUCGCCUUUUGCAGCCUGGGAAUCACGCAACAAGAGAUGAAAGAUUACAAGUCUGCAUUAGGUUCGCAUGAACAAUGUUUAAAAAUUAGAUUAAAUCUUUACGGAGAGGAUCAUCCUGACACCGCGGAGAGUCUUCGCGAUAUUUGA